CCCGACUCCCGAGCCCGUGGUCUCCAGCUCACGCGCCGCAAAUUCAUCCAUGGCGCCGCCGCCGCCGCCCGCCGCAACUCCGGCGGCAUCCGCGAACCCCAGCCGCAACCCGAAGCGGAAACCCAAGCCCAAGCCGAAGGCAGCUGCCCUAAACCCUAACUGGGCGCAGCUCCAGUCCAAGCUCCCCCGCCCCGCCGCCACCCUCCUCGGCAAGCGCAAGAACCGCCCCGACCCUUCUCCGGCCCCCGCCCCUACCGAGCCGUCUCCCCCCGCGGAGGCCGUGGAGGUGAAGCUCGAGCCCACCUCCGACGACACCAGCUUGACGAAGGCGGUCGCUGUGGAUUGCGAGAUGGUCGGGGUCGGCGUGGGCGGCAGUAAGAGUGCACUCGGCAGGGUCACCUUGGUUAACUCCUGGGGUAACGUUGUAUAUGAUGAAUAUGUACGACCGGUAGAGUGGAUUGUUGACUACCGUACCCAUAUUAGUGGGAUUAGACCUAAGCACAUGAAUAAAGCCAAAGAUUUCUGGGUUGUUCAGAAGGAUGUAGCUGAGCUGAUCAAAGGACGAAUUCUGGUUGGGCAUGCCUUGCACCAUGAUCUUAAGGUUUUGCUACUAAGCCACCCAAAGAAGGACAUAAGGGAUACCUCAGAAUAUGAGGCUUUUCGAAGGGAAGGGAGGACGAGAUCACUCAAAGAUCUUACUGCUGAAGUACUUUAUGCUAAAAUUCAACAGAAAGAGCAUUGCCCGAUUGAGGAUGCCCGAGCAGCAAUGUUCAUUUACAACAAGCACAAGAAAGCAUGGGAGAAGAACAUGAAAGAACAAUUCAGAUUUAAAAAGAAGUUCAAGAAGCAAGGCAAGAAGAAAUCUGGUGAAGGCAAUGGGAAUGAUCCUAAUGUUCCCACAAUUCUUCUAUAGAGUGAUGGAUGCAGGAAGUAGUGCGACACAUUGCCCUACCUGACAUGAAUUUAAAGAUGCCAAAAUCUAUUUGUGUGAGAGUCAUGGAAAUUAGCCAAGAUAGUAUGCUGACCCAAGAAGUGAUGCAACUCAAUCAUGAUGAACUUCAAUACAAUUCGCGAUGACAAUACCGCGUUUCCAUGGAUUCAUCACAUUUCAUGUAGCAUUUGUUUUAGGGAAGCAAUAUUUCUGAUGAAAAUUUUGUAGUUGAAUGUCUCAUUUUCUCAUGUAAUGUUACUCCAUACAAACUUCCAGACUUUGCAGCAAACAUUAUUAAUUGAAAAA